AUGUUCACAUUCACUCCCCUCCUUGGCGCUCAAUCGUCAGCUUCCAGGGCAUCACAGUCUAUCUUGGAGCUUGAUGGGGGAAUCAAGAUCUUGGUGGACGUUGGCUGGGAUGAUACGUUUGAUACCCUUGAUUUAGCGGAGCUUGAGAAGCAUAUCCCUACGCUCUCUCUCAUUCUCUUGACGCACGCCACUCCGGCGCAUAUUGGCGCUCUAGUCCACUGCUGCCGCACAUUUCCUCUCUUCACACAAAUCCCAAUAUACGCAACGAAUCCUGUUAUCGCUUUCGGCCGUACACUUCUUCAAGACCUUUAUGCCUCUGCUCCGCUUGCUGCCACAUUUUUGCCGAAGGCUUCAGUCUCAGAGCCAGGUGCAUCGUCAGCAGGAUCUGCCACUGUGUCAGGUGGAGAUGCCGAAGCCGGUAACACAGGCCGAAUUCUCCUUCAAUCGCCGACAGCAGAAGAAAUUUCUCGAUAUUUUGCCCUGAUUCAGCCUCUCAAAUAUUCUCAACCACACCAACCCCUACCUUCGCCGUUCUCACCCCCGUUGAACGGACUGACUCUCACAGCCUACAAUGCCGGUCACACCGUUGGUGGAACGAUAUGGCAUAUUCAGCAUGGGCUAGAAUCAAUUGUCUAUGCAAUGGAUUGGAACCAAGCUCGUGAGAGCGUAGUCGCAGGUGCCGCAUGGUUCGGCGGAUCUGGCGCCAGUGGAGCAGAAGUCAUUGAACAGCUGCGGAAACCUACUGCCUUGAUCUGUAGUACGAAGGGAGGUGACAAACUGGCACUUCCUGGAGGUCGGAAGAAGCGAGAUGAUCUUCUCCUAGAUAUGAUCCGAAGCAGCCUUGCGAAAGGUGGAACGGUUCUCAUUCCAACAGACACAAGUGCGCGAGUUUUGGAACUGGCCUAUGCGCUAGAGCAUUCUUGGCGCGAUGCCGCAAAUGGCGAAACGGAGGAUGUUCUCAAAGGGGCCGGUUUAUAUCUUGCCGGCAAGAAGGUCACCAACACAAUUCGACUGGCCCGCAGCAUGCUGGAGUGGAUGGACGAGAACAUCGUUCGCGAGUUUGAAGCUGCAGAAAGCACAGAUGUCUCGAAUGGGCCAAAGACAAACAAAAGCGGAGGCCCAUUCACUUUCAAGCACCUCAAAAUCAUUGAGCGCAAGAAACGCCUCGAGAAGCUCCUGGCGGAACCCGGCCCUAAAGUUGUUCUUGCAUCCGACACCUCAAUGGACUGGGGCUUCUCAAAAGAAGCACUCCGACAAGUAGCCGAAGGACCUAACAAUUUGUUGUUAUUGACAGAGUCUUUCCACAGGGACAUGAAAUCAACAGAAUUGAACACGUCGCAUGGUUCGACAACGAUCGGAAGCACGAUCUGGCAAUGGUAUGAGGAACGGAGAGAUGGCGUGGCCCUAGAGAAGGGAUCAGAUGGUGAACAUAUCGAACAAGUCCACAGCGGUGGACGAGAAUUGUCCUGGGCAGAAGUGCAGCGAGCUCCCCUUGAUGCUGGAGAACAUAUGAUUUACCAACAGUAUCUCGCAACCAAGCGUCAGCUUCAGGAUACAUCUCAAACGCUGGGCCAAGAAAAUCUUGAAACUGCCGCGGAUGCGCUCGAUGACGGAUCGAGCUCCACCUCCUCUGAAGAUUCAGACCCAGAGCAUCAAGGUCGUGCGCUCAAUUUUUCAGCAUCCCUUGCUCAUGCCACUCGAAGCAAACUUGCUGUCAGCGACGAGGAUCUGGGUAUCAAUAUCCUCCUUCGACGGAAGAACGUUUACGAUUACGAUGUGCGUGGCAAGAAGGGUCGCGAGCGUAUGUUCCCUUACAAAAAAGGCGACGAAUAUGGAGAAUUCAUUCGCCCAGAGGAAUAUCUCCGGGCUGAGGAGCGUGAAGAGAUUGAUAUGCAGCAAAGGCGCACCGAUGCCGAGACUAAGCUGGGCCAAAAGCGACGAUGGGAUGAUGCUACUGGCCCCCAUGGACGCAAGUUGUCUGGUGGCACAUCACGAAAACGUCCGCAAAUGGAUGGCAAGAAUAUUGAAGAUGACGACCUCAGUCUUGCCUCCGGCGGCGAAGAUGCUGAUAUAGCUGCAGAGUCUGACGACGAGGCAGAGAUCCAACCAUUUGAAGGACCCGCCAAGGCCGUAUACCACAACAAAACCAUUACUAUCAAUGCUAGGAUUGCGUUCAUCGACUUUAUGGGCUUGCACGACAAACGCAGCUUGGAGAUGUUAAUUCCACUCAUCCAACCACAAAAGUUGAUCCUGGUCGGUGGCAUGAAAGAAGAAACGUCAGCAUUGGCAGCCGAAUGUCAGAAGCUGUUGACUGCCAAGCUUGGCUCUACACUUUCUGAUACUUCGUCCAACUCGGCUGCCAUUAUUUUCACCCCAGCCAAUGGCGAAAUCAUUGAUGCAAGUGUCGAUACAAAUGCUUGGAUGGUCAAGCUGAGCAAUACCCUUGUCCGACGCUUGAACUGGCAGCAUGUGCGCAGCCUCGGCGUUGUCGCACUCACAGCACAGUUGCGAGGACCGGAGCCCGUUGCCGCCGAAAUUGGUGACGUUGAAUUAGCAGGCAAGAAGAUGAAGCAAGUGAAAGACGAAGCAGCCUCUUCGGCCGUUGCCCCGACCUUGGAACAAGCAGAGAUCAACAAGGUGGAAGUAUAUCCUUUAUUGGAUACUCUCCCAGCAAGUAUAGCCGCGGGAACCAGAUCUAUGGCUCGCCCUCUUCAUGUAGGCGAUUUGCGAUUGGCCGAUCUUCGCAAACUCAUGCAAUCGGCUGGCCAUACUGCCGAAUUCCGAGGUGAGGGAACACUUCUAAUUGACAAAUCCGUGGCGGUCCGCAAAUCAGGGACAGGCAAGAUCGAGAUUGAGGCCACGGCGCAGUCUUCCUUGGGUCGGCCCGAUGGCCGUGGAUCAGGGAGCUUCCUUGCCGUCAAAAGGAAAAUCUACGAGGGUCUGGCUGUUGUUGCAGGAAACUAA